AUGGCAUCCAAUUCCUCUGCCUCUGCGUCGUGGACGUCUCCAGGCGCGGGCAUCACUGGCGGCUACGAUGGCAACAGUCAGACGUUGCGCAUCUUCAUCGUCUUCUUCAGCGGAUUGGCCAUGUACAACGCCGUCGAGUUGAUUACUAUCAUCUUCCUCAGCUUCAAUCGAUUCCGGGGCUUGUACUUCUGGUCACUGCUCAUUUCCACCAUUGGCAUCAUCCCGUACUCGCUCGGGUUCAUGCUGAAAUUCAUGAACAUCACCACCGGAGACUCGAAGUGGCUCGCCAUCGUUCUGCUCACUGUUGGCUGGUACCCGAUGAUUACCGGUCAAGCUCUCGUCCUCUGGUCUCGACUGCACUUGAUCGUUACAGGAGUCAAAGGCGAGAGGAUCCUCUUCUACACCAAGUGGAUGAUCAUCAUUGAUGCAAUUAUCCUCCACAUCCCAACGACAGUCUUGACCUUCGGGUCCAAUGGCGAUCUGGCGACGGACCGGUUCGAAGUCGGAUACAACAUCAUGGAAAAGAUACAAAUGAUUGGCUUCUUCUUGCAGGAGGUCACGCUCAGCUCCAUUUAUAUCGCCGAGACCUUUCGUAUCUUACGCACCUCGUUACAGCCCGGGACUCGGAAGACCAUGCAUCAACUGAUCUUUAUUAACGUGGUGAUUAUCAUCCUCGACCUCGGACUUUUGGGCCUGGAAUGUGCAUCUCUCUACAUUUUGGAGACGCUUCUCAAAGGCAUCGUCUAUUCAAUCAAGCUCAAGCUGGAAUUCGCGAUCUUGAGCAAGUUGGUCAAAUUCGUGGGUGGAUCGAAGCCAGGUCAAGAUAUGCGGAAGUCGUCGGUGGGAUUCAUUACUGCGGAUCGCGAAAUGGGCAAAGACGAGCAAGAUAUGAAUAUCCAAGACUUCGUGGACCUUGAUCGCGUCAGCACCGAUGUCACGCAUCCCUCCCGCUCCCAUCGACACUCCGACUCUCUUCCCUCGAGGCGCAAAAGCUCACGUGUGGCUGGAAUGGAUCUCGACUAUACUUUGGCUCGUUUUCAACAUGUCGAAGAUGUCUCCACGCUGCGAGAGGGCAGUUCCAGAGACUCCCUCUCUCCAGGCCGAGAAGCAGACGUGUGA